AUGUCUUCCAAGCAAGCCACGUCUCCUUUUGCCUCUGUCGUCGAUGGGGAUGAUGCCAUGAGCCAGGAGCACCUGUCUUGGGAGAAAGAGGAGAGCGCGGAGGCCCACGGCACGCCACAGCUGCCGCUGCACAGUCUGCUGCAUGGGAAAGCCCACCCCGACGAGAUGCAGCCGCUCAGCAGCGUCCCGCCAGAGACCGACUGGGACAGCCUGGUGUCUGCCCAGCAGCGCAUGGAAUCUGACAGCAAUAAAGUAUGUUCCCUGUACUCCUUCCGGAAUAAUUCCACUUCCCCACACAAGCCCGAGGAGGCGGCCCGGGAGCGAAGUGACCUGCUGAGCGGAUCAGCGUUUGGAACUCCUGAGCGUCGCAAAGGAAGCCUGGCAGACGUGGUGGACACACUGAAGCAGAAGAAGCUGGAGGAGAUGACAAAGACAGAACAAGACGAGUCCUCAUGCAUGGAGAAACUUUUAUCGAAAGACUGGAAAGAGAAGAUGGAGAGGCUGAACACCAGUGAACUGUUGGGAGAAGUAAAAGGUACUCCUGAGAGCCUGGCAGAAAAGGAGCAUCAGCUUUCCACAAUGAUCACCCAGCUGAUCAGCCUGCGAGAGCAGCUUCUGGCCGCCCAUGAUGAACAGAAGAAGCUAGCAGCCUCACAGAUGGAAAAACAGAGGCAGCAAAUGGAGUUAGCCCGUCAGCAACAGGAGCAGAUUGCGAGACAACAGCAGCAACUUCUGCAGCAGCAGCACAAAAUCAACCUCCUCCAGCAGCAGAUCCAGGUCCAGGGUCACAUGCCUCCGCUCAUGAUCCCCAUUUUUCCACACGACCAACGCACUCUGGCAGCAGCAGCCGCCGCCCAGCAAGGCUUUCUCUUCCCUCCGGGAAUGUCUUACAAGCCAGGUGAUAACUACCCGGUGCAGUUCAUUCCAUCCACAAUGGCAGCUGCAGCAGCGUCAGGACUCAGCCCCCUCCAGCUUCAGCAACUGUAUGCCGCCCAGCUUGCCAGCAUGCAGGUCUCUCCUGGAGCCAAGAUGCCCCCACUUCCCCAGCCCCCCAAUGCUAGUGGGCCUAUCUCUCCUUCCUCACUGAAGAAUGACAAGAGAUCCUCCAGCCCUGUCACUCAAGUCAAGGAGGAGGGAACGCAGCCCCUCAACCUGUCCGCCCGGCCCAAGACAACAGACAUGGUCAAGUCCCCCACAUCCCCGACACAAAACUUGUUCCCUGGCAGCAAAAGCAGCCCCAACAGCCUUGUCGGCAAGGGCGGUAUUCCCAGUCCCUUAGGAGGCGGCCUGGGUCGCGGUUCCUCUCUGGACAUCCUGUCCAGCCUAAACUCUACCGCAUUGUUCGGGGACCAGGAUGCGGUGAUGAAGGCCAUUCAGGAGGCCAGGAAAAUGAGGGAGCAGAUCCAGAGGGAACAGCUGCAACAUCACCAGCAGGGCAUGGAGGCGAAGCUCUCGGCUCUCAGCUCCAUGGGCCUCAACAACUGCAGAGUUGACAAGGAGAGGGCGCAUUUCGAGAGUCUCGGGCAUCAUCUCAGCAAGCUGGGUGAGGAAGGAAAGAUUGGCCAUAGAGUGAUUGACCUCACCAGGCCAGAGGAUCUUGACGGGAGCAAAGAAGUCAAUGGCUCUGCAGAUAAACCACAACCAUAUUAUUGUUGGCCAACAGGAGGCGCCAGCACUACUGAGGCGCGAGUCUACAGGGAAUCCCGAGGAAGGAACAACAACGAGCCCCACAUCAAAAGGCCUAUGAACGCAUUCAUGGUGUGGGCCAAGGAUGAGCGGCGCAAGAUCCUCCAGGCCUUCCCUGACAUGCACAACUCCAACAUCAGCAAAAUCUUGGGUUCUCGGUGGAAGGGCAUGUCUAACCAGGAGAAGCAGCCGUACUACGAGGAGCAGGCCCGUCUCAGUAAGAUCCACCUAGAGAAAUACCCCAACUACAAGUACAAGCCUCGGCCUAAGAGGACCUGCAUCAUCGACGGGAAGAAGCUACGCAUCGGAGAGUACAAGCAGAUGAUGCGCUCCCGACGACAAGAGAUGAGGCAGUUCUUCACUGUGGGGCAGCAGCCACAGAUCCCUAUCAGCACCAGUGCCGGCGUGGUCUAUCCUGGGGCCAUCACCAUGGCGACCACCACACCCUCUCCUCAGAUGACAUCAGAGUGCUCAAGUGCCUCCGCAAGCCCUGAGCCUUCCAUCCCCGUCAUCCAGAGCACCUACAACAUGAAGCUAGAGCCCAGCGCCAUGGCCAACAACAACGAGCCGGUGAACGGCGAGGACGAGAUGGACAUGUACGAGGACUUUGAGGACGAGCCCAAAUCAGACUAUAGCAGUGAGAACGACACGCAAGAGCCAGUCAGCGCCAACUGAGGCCUCCACAAUCACAGAGGCACAAGCAUACACACAACACUCAUACAGGAGGAAGCCCAGAGGGCUGGUCUGAUCUGAAGGAGGGAAAGAACAAAAGAAAAGGAAAAAAUGACACCACAAAAGUAUAUUAAAAAAAAAAAAGUUUAAAAGGUGGAAAAAAAAAAAUCUUAAAAAUGAUAUAUCAUUUAGGAGCCAGCAUGCAGAUGUGGCUUCACCAGAAUCAACAGCUAUUUGGUCUUAAGUGUUUCUUAAAGUGUGUAAAGCAGUUUGGUUGUGGUAAUUUUUUUGAUUAUAUGAUUAUUAUUAUUAUUUUUUAAAUCUCAUUGUUUAUUUGUUUUUGCGUUGUGAUCACAAACAUUUACACAAUUAGGUUAUUGCCUAUAACAAAAGACGGAACUUGAAAUUGAAUAUUUGAUAUGAAUCUAUAAUUCUUUCGGUCAUUUACCUUUUUCUCUUCAGUUAGAUGAUUUUUGAUAUAUUACAGAACUGUUCAAGAUGGGAAUAAUAUUCUCACUCAGGUAUGCUGUGCCAGCCAACAGCUUGUGAAUGUUUUUAAUCUGAAUUAAAAUAUUACCAGAACAAAAUAUCUCAAAAUUCAUAUGGAGUGAUUCCAUCAUUUUACAGAGGGAAAAUCACACACUCCAAUUAUUAUUAUUAUUAUUAUUAUUAUUAUUAUUAUUUGCAUUAUUAUACAAACUGCACAAUUUGUGCAGAAGUGCCAAACAUUUCAAGUUUUCCUCUAAAAUCUUACACUUUAAAGUCUUUUGGGAGAGGCUACAUGAAUCUUAGACAAUCUCUUGAUCUCUUAAUGCAGCUUCAUCAUCCAGUCUUUCUUUAAUUUUACCCUGACAGAAUAAACAAAUGAAACUCAGGAAUUUGGAGGCAGCACGCUGUGCAGGAAGUGAUGCGGCGUCUUUGGGUGGUAGUGUGUGAUACUCGCUGUUCUCCAGGGAGCUCAAUGCAGUGAUCAUCAAUGACCAACAGCCAGCCCUUUCAUUUCCCUACACCGGCCCGGUCCCCACACACGCAGACACAGACACACACACACACACACACACACACACACAGCGCUGUAGCAUUCUCCACUCAUUCCCAGCUCUGCAGCCCAGUCUGACUCACAAAGUUCUUAAUCAGAGUGAUUGUAAUCAGGCCAGAAUGCUAAAGGGCCAAAGGCCUCCAAUCUGAGGGAUUGGAACAGCAGCGAAAGGCAGCUUUGGGGGCAUUACAAUCUCAAAUUGAUGUUGUUCAAUGUGUAGCUACAGUACAUUCUGCUAAACACUUUAGCCCCAUUUGGAUGGCAAGUUUAAAGUCUUAGCUCUUAAAACUUCUUCUUUCUUUUUUCUUUUUUUUUUUUUUCAAUCUUAAUUCUUUGUAGACAUUUGUAAAUCUUAAAUUGACACUAAGAAGUCUUAAAGCAGAGCCAUGGUGACAGGGUUGAUGCAAUGAGUUGAUUACUGCAGUAGUCUUAAGAGGAGUGACGGCUUAUGAGGAUAUGUCUAUACAGAGAGAAAGGCUAUAAUCACUUAAUAUCCAGAACAUAAAACAUAUUUUCAUCUCCACGCGACAAAGGCCACUUUAUCAUCCUGAACAUCGAUCUCUGCAUCCGCCCGCUCGUGUAAACUCUUAUUCCUCUUAUCGUGACUUUUGUUAUUUCUGACAGUGUGAAGGCAGUUUUUGGAAUGCACUUACCACCUGAAUUUAUAAGAUGAUAAUAUGCAGCAAAUUCUCUGAGCUAAUAUCGGCUAAAAAGACGGCAAGUGGUGACCUUCUGGAGACCGCUGCUAGAUAAAGCUCCUCCGGUGCUGGAGGCCUUGAUGUCAAGAUUCAGAUCCUCUUUACAGUGCAGAAGGUCUAAGUAGCUCCCCUCCCCUACCAUGCCCUGCCCUGACCCCGGCCCAUGGCAACCUCAGCACCCAGGGGGCGCCAUCUGGCUCAGAGAGGAAGAAAACGCUAGGGAGGGAUGGGGAAACAAUAAAAACGGGGUGUGUGUCCCUCAUUGUGCUCUCCAUCAAAGUGCUAGAAGUAAGGCCUCGACAGGGCUCCCACCCCAGCCCCAAUCACCAGGCGCUGGCGAGCAGAUGGAACAAGUACAUCAAGCUGUGGGGGAUUAUUAAAAUGACUGACGAGUGGAUAUCAUCUGAAAUACACCAUUAUUAAUGCAUGAGUCCGGCAAUUCUCCUCCCUUGCCCUUGAACCUGUCCAUUUCAUAAAGAAGCGCUGAGGUUUUUGAAGGAUCUGAAAUGGCUGGUCACUGACUUUUGCUGGUCAGGAUUCCCACUGCUGGUCACUGCAUUUCUCUCCCAGCUCUAAUUGGUACAGAUGGCUCUUUAGUACUCUUUUUUUUUUCCUGUGCUCUUUAUUUUCUAUGCUCAUUCAGAGGCUGUCUUGUAUUGUUUCUACUUUUGGAAGCAUUUCUAUUAUAAGUUGUCGCGCAUCUCAUUAAUACUUGCUGUUUUAUUAUAUUUUCCUUCAUUUCUUUUCUUUUCCUACUUUGUUCAUUGUUUUGAGGUACAACACAUGUUUUAAGGAUACUCUCCCACAAACAAACUCUUGCGGAUUUCCCUCCAGGUCAACCUGUCUGGUAUUUUUAAGCUGUUACUCCUGUUUUGCUGGUGGAUAGAUUGAUUUGUAUGUGACUGUAAAUAUUUUCAUGACCACGCCACACCGAUUCAAUGGGCUGGUAGUAAAAAGGACUCUUGAUGGAACUGAAACUUGACUGUGCUUAUAUAGCAAAGAGAAAAAAAAAAAAAGAAAAAAGAAAGAAAAAAAAUGACAACAAAGAACUCAUAUCUCAUGAGGAGACAAUGUUUCGUAAGUGUUAUAAGCACUGGAUAAAAAUUGUAUUUUUAUCAAUUCUGACUAAUGUGAAGCUGUUGUAUGAGGAGGAAAACCCUGAAUGAACAAAAUUCCCCAGUUGGACUCGUGGGUUUUGCACUCACAGUUACCAGAUUUGAGUCAUUUUUCUGUCUACUUAUUUUGUUUAUUUAUGCAAAGACACAUGUGAUGAAUGAACACUUUGUUUAAGCUUCAGGGCUGCCUAGGGGAGAGACUCAGCACAAGAGAGUGAGCAGAAAAUCCAACAGCAGGCUUGCAUAGUAACUGGUUAGCCGUGAAACACCGGACUUCAGAAGUGCAUUGUAUAUUGUAUUUGAAACUGUAGAGUGUGUAUCACCAUUUUAUCCUAUUUAUUAGCCACUGCUGGCUCUAAAAUUGUCAGUAAAAACAACAGACGGACAAUCAGAGAAACGGAAUCACGUUUGAUGAAUUGGAGCGAAAAAAGAAAAGAAAAAGAAAUUCAACAAAUUCACCAUCUCAUUUAGAUUUUAUUGUAAAUAUAACAUAGGAAAUAGAAUUAUAUUUUUGUUCACGAGUACUUAGUGAAGUAUAAGUUAUGUAUUUGGCUGUUUUCUUUUCUUUUCUUUUUCUUUUCUUUUUUUUUUUUUUACAUUUGUGUAUGUGGAUUCAUGUUUUUAAAGCCUGACAAGUCACUGUACCUCAUGUAGAUGCUGAAUUUUUUUCUUUCUGCCCGUUGAAAGAGAGCAGUAUUGGACCUGACAACGAGAGAAGCACCUCAACUCGAUUAUGUUUUUGAUAAUCCCCCCCUCAACCCCCCUCCUCCCUGGACAAUUCAAAGAGCCAAUCAAAAAUGAAAGCUGUACCCAUCCGACUUUGUUACCACAGGAAAAGUCGCUGCAGAUAUGGUACUCAAUUAAAACAACAAGCACUUGAUGUACAAAAUCGACAAAAUAACUUGUGUUUUCCAAUCAUGAUACAAUCUGACUGAUAUACUGUAUAUCCUCACUUGUGUUUUGUCUUUAUUACGGCGCUCUUAUGCAGCAAAUUCCUCCCGAGGAGCCGAAAUCAGUAUAAAAUGAACAUAAAUCUGCAUGCAUUUGGCUUGCAUUUACAUUAUACGAAUGAACAUUAUAUGAAUGAGCAUUUUUGUUGAAAAACACAAGUGAUGUUGGAUUAUUUUUGAAAGGUGGGAGCGUGCAAAUAUUUAUUAGUUUUAAUGUGGAAAAAAAUGCACAGCCUUUCAUGUGCAUUAUUCUAUAAUCUGUAUUCUCCUGGUCAUUUUCUCUGUGUUGCUGAUUUUUUAAUGAACAUGUUCAUGACUAUCCAGCCAUCUGCAAAUGUAGCCCUCACAGCUCUUUUUAUUUUUUAUUUUUUUCUGUUAAUCCACUUGUUAGACAAGCAAAUGGUUUGAUUGAACAACUGAAGACGAAAGCUUGGAUGCUGUUUCAACAUUACUUACUGUAACUUAAUUUUUUUUUUUUUUUCUGUCUGAACUUUGUGAUGUAUAUGGUGGGAAUGUUCUCUGUGUUAAUUUAAUCAGCACAAUUCACUGACAUGCUGGACUGACAUGCUAGCUGCUGUUCAGAAGUGUACAAUUUGUUGUUCAGGGGCAACAUUUAUAGUUGUCUAUGGUACUUUGCUUUUUAGAAAAUUGUUUGUCUCUCAAACAACACUGUGUGUGGCUCCUCGAUCACUGGGGCUGCUGUUUUGAAAAAUUUUGCUGGCAGCCUGAUACAGUUUUCUGCGUAGAAAUCGUUUUUUCCUGGCAGGUACCUAGGCCCAUGGCAAGUAUUGUUUGGGUGUUAUUAGAGAAAAAUGAAAUACAUAGUGUCUGUUGCUGCUUUGAAAAAAAAAAAAGUUUUAUGUCUGAAUAUGUAAAUAGUUUAUCAUAAUAUCUUGUACAGUCCAAUGUAAAGUUUUUAAUUCAACUUAAAAAAAAAAAACAAAAAACAAAAAAGGUUGCCAUCACAUUUGUGUUCACAUUCUUCUUUAUACAGUACAAAAAGAUCAAUAAUUUGCUAAGGGUAUUAUUGUUAAAAUGAAAAAAAGAAAAAUGUUACUAAAAUAUUUUUUUUGUUUGUUUGUUUUCGUUUCGUUUUGCUUGGCUUCAAAGUGUAAACCAGCAAGUCUUUGGUUUCCAUGUGCAGUAUUGACGUGAGGUAAACUUAAGGUGAAAUAAUUUUACAGUGGUGUGUACGGAGAGUGAUCUCCUCUGCUUUGGUAGUAUUAAUACACUAUAUCAAAUAAAAACAAACCAAUGAGUGACACAUUUGGGUGCACUAGGCGCCUCAGAAAUGUGUACAUAUGUUUAGAUUAUCCCCACAGGAUCCAUUCAGGCAUAUUAUAAUGUAACACCAUUUUCUGUAUGUACUCGGUCCAUUGAUGUAACAAGGCAACAGUGGGCUGUAUAACUGCCUGUUUAAGCUCAUUUACCUCAAGAAUUUCCUCCUUUUCUGUAAAAGAGUAAGAAAUUGUGUUACAAAACGCGUCUCACCAUCACUCCAUCUUUUGUACUGCUGUUGACACUUACAAAUUAAAGAGACAUUUUGUUUUAA